CGGACGCACUGCAGCGUCGGUUGUCGGAAAAGAGCCGACCAUCGAGUAUGAUCGAGAUCGAUCGUCUCGUGCGCAAAGAAACGGCACCGAAUGGGGAUGACGGGAUGAUGCGCAUCGGGGAUGAUGAUCCUUCGAGCGAGCCGCGAACCGAAGCGGGCAUCGAUCAGGAACGCUCAGCUAAGGUUGGCGCGUUAGCAGAGCAGAAGAAGAUCGGCCGAGAGUACUACAUCAACGAUCCGGAGCGACUCCGAGCGGGUGGUGGUGGUUGCGUGAAGCAAACGCUCGGUACCCGAACGCACGCCCAUCAUCAGCAAUCGCACAGUACCGAUGACGAGAAAUCACUGCUGCUAGGGCGCAAUCCUGAGGACAGUGGUACGGCAGACGAUAGUGCUACGAUAUUUGCCGCCCGUCCGGUUCAUGUGACGCCUAGUGAUGAGCUGCGGAGAGGAUCGAAAGGCGGUGCGCUCAGUGAGGCGGCACGAGAAGUGUUUCUGCUUCCCAUGGAACCGGACGCACCGAUCGGUGGUUCACUACUAAGUUCCGCCUCCGAGCUAAGCUUGAUCGCUUCACCGACGGCAUCGCAAGCUCGCCAAGAAUUCGACAGUCUAACGUACAGCGAAGAUUCGGACGUAACACGUAUCUACGAUCUGACGACUGGAGAAGCGAAAGUCAUUCGCACGGCCACUACUCCCCAACAGUCUGCAGUGCUAGACGAGGGCGAUAAGAUACUCGAAAUACUACCUCAACAAACUCCGGCAUUCACCCAGCAUGCUCGACCUUUAGCGGAAUCGAGCGGCCGUACUAGUCAAACCCCCGAUUCAGGCCGAGAUGGAAACUUCCUGCGACCGAACCAUUUCGUCGUGAAACCCCUUUCCCCGGAAACGAUCAAAUUCUUCGCCCCGAAGCGGAAACUCAGCUUCACCGGUAGUCACUCCAAUCUGGCAACGAGCGACAUCGUGGCGGCUAGUCGCAGCACGACUCCCGCGAUGCGCGAUUCAACGAUGCACUCGUCAAUGCACGUCGAUUGUCCCGUGCGUUCCGGUGCGACAGAGUAUUCGAUCAUCGAAAAGGAGGUGAUCGAUGUGCUGCCUUCGGUCAAGGAACUCGCCAAAUGCUACAGUGGCAGCACCAACGAUGUAUCGCUGAUGCCACCGAAGCCACUGUACAAGCCUCGGGUCAAGCUUAGAAAGGACUUCCUGCGUCAAUCAUCGGACGUGCUGAACGAGGAAAGCGUUGUGAUCGAUGAGAAGACGGGAAUGCCGUGCUCGAAGGGACAGCGGCAGUACUGCAGCACGAGCAGCAUAGCGGUGCGGGACGAGAUACGCGAGAUUCGCAAAAUCAACCUCGAGGCGUACCGGCAGGCGGCUUCGUACUACCCGAUGGCACCCGGUCACAGCAUAACGGCUCGCAGCCUCUCGAAGCAGAUCCGUGAGCAUAAGAGCAACGUGACCGACGAUCAUAAGGUGGUCCAGCAUCACGAUCAGGCGGACGAACUGCUGGCUGGCGGUGCUGCCGGCAGUAGUAGUGACGGUGACGGUGGCCAUAUCUCGCCGGAGCGUCCCAGCAGUCCCGUGCUACUGCCGGGCCAUCUCAAGAGUAGUAUUGAGUUUUUCGAGAGCCUCAAGAACAGAGCAUAAAGCGGGCAGAGCUGCUCAGCGACGAAAAGGAAAGGAACCGGGAGAAACUUGGAACCGGAACAGGAAUAGGACGUUCCGCCGUGUUGUGCCAUUUGUAGCUGCGACGUCAGCAGGAGGAAGGAAGCAGGAGAAAGCCCCAUCCAGAGCCCUCCUUCCUUCAGCCAAAAUAAUAGCCCAGUCAGCGCGCGUGUGUAGCUCAUUCAUAGUCAUUCGCUUUCCCACUGCAUUUUAAAGCUCCUUUCGACAACCACUGGCCACAGAUGUGGGCCAGGGGCAGUCGGGAUUAAAGUUUAAUUUAUUCUCCGUAAACCCCGGUUGGAAACGCUCAAGUGGUUUACAAUCAUCAUCACUCUUCUCUUCUUGAGGCAUAUGUUUUAUUUUAGUUUCAUUUAGUCAUCCAUUCUAUAUCAUACCUCUUCAUCCCUUUACUUUACGCUCAUCCUCAUUUGCUUUCUUUAGCGGUUUGAAUUGGUCAUCCAUUGUGCUCCAAUAAAGAUGAACCAGCAUGGA